AUGCACGGUGUUAAAAAGUCCUCCCCAGCUAGUGAAGCUCAGUUAGCUGAGCUGAAAAGAGAACGCAAGGAGAAGCUCCAAAAAUUUAUUUAUGGCAAAAACUUGGUCUUCACGAAGAGGGGAAACAGUAAGUAAAUAAUUUUAUUUGUUUAUAUUGAUGUUUAGAAGAGUUUGACGAUGAACUUCUGGAGGUAACGGGUGAGCUUGUGAAGAAGCAGCCAAACAUGUACACGGUGUGGAACAUACGAAGAGAAGUGCUGGAAGAAAAGGCAAAUGUAAUGGUUUAUAAAACCAGUUUUAUACCGUUUGUUUUUCUAGUGUUUUAUGUUGUUUUUGAUCUUGAUACGUGUUUAUUUAUUUUUUUUUCAGAAGAAAGAAGAAUCUGAAGAUGAGUAUACUGCUCGUUUAGCUGAAAUGUACGAUGGAGAACUCAAGUUGUCGAUGCAAGCUUUAUUAAGUGAUCCGAAAAGUUACUCUGCAUGGUAUCAUCGUGACUUCGUGCUAUCCAAACAUCCGAAACCUGAUUUUAAACGAGAAUUGGAGAUCUGUGAGAAGGCUUUGGAGUUUGAUUGCCGAAACUUUCAUUGCUGGGACCAUCGACGGUUUACGGCCCAGUUGGCCAAGCUUGACGAAAGUGAAGAAUUGGAGUUUUCCGACCGUUUGGUUAGCAAGAAUCCUUCGAAUUACUCAGCAUGGCAUUACCGAGGAACAUUGUUGCCAAAGAUAGCUCCAAAUUCUAAUGGAAAUCCAAUUUGUAUCAACGAUGAGAGGCUGCAACAGGAGUUCGAUGUAAGCUGUUUACUACAUUUAUGUUAAAAGUGGAUUGGGAGACUAUAAGGCUACUUUUAUUUGGCCAAUUUUUAAUUAAAAUAGUUAUGUUUUAGAAGGUAAAAGUACCUACUUGCUAUAACACUGAAGAUCAAACAGCCUGGACUUACUGUCGUUGGUUGAGCGAAGUUUCAUGUGUUGGGCCUGUGGAGCCAACUUUGAUUGUAUCGGUUACUUUUGUAGCUCUUAAUCAAGCUCUCAUUGUAUUCAACAACUCAGUAGAUAAGGAGUUUGUCAAUCGGACUGUAAAAGCGGAUACCUACACGCCAAUAUCUGUUGUAAAUCUGCCGAAAAAUGAUAAAUAUAUAAAGACAAAGCUGUGGAUGGUGCGAAGAGAUGCAGGAUUUGACUUUCCUGUAGCCUUUGGAGUGGAAUUAGAAGAUGAUCGUGUUGAGAGCGUUGAGAAGGAGGGUUACUGUAACAAGAGGUAUCUUAAAAAUGUAAGUUUUUAUAAUUAUUUUUAGGUUGAUUAUUAGUAUUUCACUAUGUGUUAGUAUUAUAUUAUAUAAUGAUGUAUAUUUUGAUUUAUAUUAUUGUUGUAGCACUUCGCAAUCAAAAACCUGUGUGUAACAGAGACAUCAACCAAUAUACUCACGGAGUUGGUGGAAAUGUGUCGCGAGUUGAUGAAGGAUGACGACAAAAACCCUGUAAGUAUAUAUUUUACUUUUUAGUGAAAGGAAGUGACACAAGUAGAACACUUCUUUUAGUGGGAACCUCUUGCUCUUGCGCGUACGUUAUUACUGCUUAAAAGAUCAGACAAAGACAAUUUGGCAGAGGUAGAUGCGAUGCUACAGAAGGCCAUUGAAUUAGAUCCCCAGAGGAGGAAUGUCUAUCAGAAUAUAAUUGAUAUCGUGAGAAUCACUGAAAACCUUUGUCAUCCCAUGGAGAACUUGGACAAAGUAAUAUCAAGAGAUGAAAACGAAGUAAACUUAUCUCAACGCAAUAUAAGAUCGUACGUUUUAAAGUUCGAUUUAUUAUAGUUAUUGCUUUUUAAUUUUGCGAUUUUUAUUUUUAAAUUAAAAUUUGUUUGAAAAAUCAUUUCAGGUCAAUAGCCGUUUCUUUCAACAUAAAACUAAUAAAUAAACGUUUAGAGUUAGCCAUCUACAUUAUCUUGCUGGACAUAUCAACUCUUUGGUGCUUCAGUAUAACAGGAUUGAAGAUACCAAACAAUUUAACAGCUUUCCAUUGCUUAUUCACCUUACACUAGAUGACAAUCCGGUGACAAAAGUACACUCCGACCUUCGGUUACCUUGUUUGGAGUUUCUCUCAUUAGCCAGAUGCCAAAUUCAGUCUUCUGAUGCUUUAAAGUGCCUUCCUAAUGUAGCUCCAAACCUCAAACGUCUUCUAAUAUGUGAAACUCAGCUAGCCAAAGACGAAGAACAGCUGAAACUGCUGAAGGAUAGUUUUGAACAACAACAAUAUCAUGUAACUGUCAUUGUACAUUAUUUGUAA